UGACGGUUACUAAAACAACACACGGCUUAAACAGCUCGAGAACGUUGAGCAGCCUUCGCCAGUUUCUAAAAAGAUAACAAGCCAGUGCAAAAGGCAAAUAAAAGCAAAUUCAAUUUAAAGCGCAGCUCACUCGUAAAUUACUCGAAUCGAAGCGAAGCAAAAUGCAGUCCUCACUUAUUGUGGCAACCCUCGUGAUUUGCUUCCUGGGUCUCAGCACAGCCCAGCUGCCUGAGUACAUUCAGAUUUGCCAUCGCAACGAGCCGGAGCUCUCGAAGUGCCUGAAGAGCAGUGUCCACAACCUACGGCCCUAUUUGGCGAAGGGUAUCAAGGAACUCAAUGUCCCGCCACUAGAGCCCCUCUAUAUCGGAGAAUUGAGCAUUCUGGAUGGAUCUGCCGGCCUUACAGUGAAAGCCAAGAAACUUAAUAUCUUGGGGGCCUCAAACUUCGAGAUCACCAAGCUGCGCGCAUCCACCCAAAAUCGUCGCUUCGAUUUCGAACUGAUUCUGCCCCAUCUCCAAGGAGACGGACUGUACGAGAUCAAUGGCAAUAUCCUGGCACUGCCCAUCAAGGGCAGUGGACCCUUCACCGGAAACUUUACCAACUUUGUAGCCUAUGUACGAGUGCAGUACGAUAUUAAGAGCGUCAAUGAUCUGGAUUACUUGCACGUCAAGGAGUUCGUCCUGAAGAUUCGUACAGGCAAGGGAAACCUGAAGCUGGAGAACCUCUUCAAUGGAGACAAGGUUCUGGGGGAUGUUAUUAAUGACACGAUCAACCAGAACUUCGAGUCCUUCACCAAUGACCUGAUCGCUCCGAUUGCCAGCGCCCUACAGGCUCAAUUCCUGGUCGUCACGACAAAAAUUCUGGAGAACUUCACCUACAAUGAGCUGUUCCCAGUCUAAGGGGAAAUGCAAUUAAGCUAGAAUUAAGCAUGUGAUAAACUCUAAUUAGUCAUAAAGUAUCCAAUAAAUCUAAAAUUUGAACUCAAA